ACACUGCAAAUGUGGCAGUGUUAUUUUUUUAGUGUUGGUGUAAAUUAACAGGGGUUACUAUUACUUUUACUCAGAAUUGAUUUAAAUUAACACCCCCUAGAGUCCGUUCCUGAUAGUGUAAGAGUGGAUAUCCGUUGUUAUGAGAAUCACUCUGAAUUUACACUCUGGCUCGUUCAAUUGGCCACACCCACCACUUGAACCUCUCGUCCUUGGCGGUGCAGCGGAACACAGUCACACCGUAUGAGGCACUCAGACUGCGUCAUCGAACUUUUUUCAUCCAAAUUUCUUCUUUCUACGGUAAGUUACGUUUCAGUUGGUAAAAUUGUUUCUUUUGGAUUGAUAUAGCCUUACCAAUGAGUCUGGAGCGAAUGGCAUUUGUAGGAAAAUAUCUUGAAAGGUUCGUUUUUGUGUUUUUUAGCUAGCUAACGUUAGCUUAGCUCGCUAGCCCUGGCCAACACUGCUCGACCAGGGUUUAGCUAAUAUUAGUUCCUCAAAUUAUUAAAAGUGUCAAUAAAGGAAAGGCUUUAUGAGUAAUGGUAAUAUUUUGAAAAGGUUGUACACUAUACAAGUAAGUUAUAGUAUGAUAACAUUACACAUGUGCAAGGCACAUUGUAGCCACAUUUCCUUCGCGCCUGCUCGGCACAGUACGUCUUCUCGCCUGAGGUUCCAAGCGAGAUGAAGCGGCGACAGCAACGUAGCUUUCUGCUGUAGUCACGGCUUUUUAUUGUAAGAGAACGAAUAUGGAGAGCAGAAAACUUUCACACAAGUGACUUUAAGGGUCUUUCAGUCGCCGUGCUAUAUUACGGCUCCACUCACGAUGCGGUUAUAUGGAAAUACAACUAAACUGAGAUGAGCUGAGUCAGCUAAAGGAGCGUCGAGCCGGACCGCGCCGAGUAGGCACUUCGGAAAAGUGGCUUGUGUUUGGUAGUGUUGGGUUAAAUGUGUGGUGAUGUACAGUGUUUCCUGUUAACGUUAAUUAACGAGACAGGGGCGUUUGAGUCUCUCAUGGAGACAAAAUGUUUUGUUAUUUCUUUCAGCAUUUCACCUUCCCUCAUCUCUGUCAUUGUCAUGUACAGCUAAAUGUUAAAUUUGUGCGGUAGUUGCAGUAAUUAGCCCUCCCCCCACCUCCAAAUGUGUGUAAAAGUAAAAAAUUAGGAAUAAUAAUAAGUUAUGCCAUUCUUGUCUUUGAAGCGACAUGCUGGUCCCUGUAGAAUAUAAAGGAGUCAGCAAAUGGGUCAGGGUACCACAGGCAGAGGACGAGUACAAUUACUCCCAGUUUUUGCAAGCAGUGCUGGCAAAAUUCAAUUUGCCAGGUUCUGCUUCCUUGAGCCUGAAGGAUUCCUCAAACGUUGAAGUGGAUUCGGACAUAUUUGAUGAACUCUUGAAAUCAUCUGGGGUGUCUUUCAAGGCCGAAGACUGUGAUGGUAGCACUGCUGAGGAGGAGUUCUCCGAGGGCUCGUCUGUAUCAGACUGGUCACCAUCACCUGCAUCCCAAGGGUCAUCAUCAGGUUCUGACUCAACGCUGAUACUGGAUUCUACCAAAGCUCGGAAAAGACAGCUGAUUGAAGGACCACUGGAUAGCAACGUUGCAAGAGAUAAUGUCAGAGUCGCUCUGUAUUCAAAGCCUGGUGGAAACGAAAUAUUCAAAGAGUACGAGAAAACAAGCACCAUCAGUGAUGUUACAAGAAGAAAGAUGGUAAACAUUCUCGUGGCAGAUAUGGUGGAGAGCCAUGGGAGGGUUCCUCCAAUGAAUGUGCGGAUCCUCUACGCACUAGGGAUUAUAACACUGUUCCCUAAAUUGAAGGACCCAGAUUCCAAGAAUGGCUAUGAACAUUUCUAUGAUCACCAGAGUGGUUCUGGCUACCUAGCAUGGAGGCUGAAAACUGUUCAGCGGAACUCUGCUCAGGACAGCAAGAAAUCCAGGACCACUUUCCAAGAGGGCCCCAAGAGUCCACGCAGUAUCCGUUCAGAUGAGAAGCAGUUGACUGGUGAUGAAUGCAGGGAAGCCAUAUCGGCGAUGAAACACUCAAGUGAUACGACCCUUGUCAAAAAUAAGAUGAAGGCAACAUUCCAGCACAGGCAAAAGGUGGUUCAAGACCUGGUUACUGCCUCUACUGUCCUGGAUCUCUUUCCUAGAUUCUUGGAUACACCUGGCUUGAUCGACCAAGACUUCACAAUGAUCUUCGGUGAGGAGGUGUCUGGUAAAUUCCUUUCCAAGUGGCCAACAUUUUUCAAACCGAGGGUCAUCGCAGAUUGCUGCAAGAAUCUAACUCCGAGUCCGCGUGUGGAUGAGCUACUUGUGUCUGCACAACAGGAGUCUGAUGAUGGUGUGUGGCAUUCUGAAGAGUGGGACUCUGAGACGGCCGCCAUCCUUCUGCUCCUUCACCUCUUGCCUCCAACAGUUAAAGGCAAGAAGACCAGCAAGAUGAGUGCAUCGGAUGCUGCUGGACGCCUGAUCAAGUUCAUGAAGGUGGGGUCAAGCAUGGAGACCUUCCUUAAGGAAACUGGCCCCAAACAGCCCUUUCUUCUCGGUGUUGGGGAAAGACGCAAAAGCAUCCAGGAUUUCUACAUCAUCCUGGACCAGAAGGCCAUUCCCUGCAGGAUGCAGACCCCAGUUGCUGCCUUUGAUGAGCUCUUCAAGGCACAUUAUGUUUUUGCUGUGUCGUAUGAUGAUGCGCUGUCCAGCUUCUUCAUCUUCAUCCAGACCACCGUGUAUGGCAUCGACGUCGGCAAAGUGAAAGAGAGUCCUCGGGUAAAAGAAAUCAGAGCGAGGCUUCUUCACUGUGAAGUCUGAAGACUGAUUUUGACCACAAAUGUACACAUGUUACAUUUGCAAGGUACACCACACCAAUUGUUCAAUGUUAUUUAGACAUUUGAAGUUUGAACAUGGAUUGUAUCCCGGAAGGUCUAUGCGCUUGAACUGUGGAGAGCCUGGUUGUUCAUUUGUUUUUUGUACAUAUUCUGGUUACCAACGUCACCUAUCUAGAGCACAUAAGGACUGUCUUGAUCCAAAUCCUGUUAGCAGCAGUUUUGAAUUUGAGCCUGUUGCUGGGCCUUCCACACCAGUGAAUGUGGAUCCUCCUGUGAGGGUCACUGCACAUGUUCCAAUUGAAAAGAAGAAUAUACUGGACUUGUGCAGCUCUGUUAUUGCUCAGGUUCAAGCCUCAGGUGUUCCAGACAGUACUGUGCAGUGUCUAGUCGGCUCGAUGGAGGAACUGGUUAAUGACAUUCAGGCUCACGCAAAGGAAGCAGUUGUUAAUUGUUUGUCUUCUGAUGCAUCUAAAGAAACUUUGGAGAGAGUUGAGGGUUGCUUUGAUCAGCUCGAAAACCCAUUUUCAUGUCUUAACACAGAAUCUAAAAGGAAGAGGCAUUUUGAAGAGAAAUGGAAUAUAGUAGAACCUGUAGAACAUGUUCUGGGUGUCCGUUUUGAUGUAAGAAGAGACAGAAAAACAGGCACGUAUAGGCAAGUUCCAGUCAAUGAUAAGUUUAUGUAUGUACCUAUCCGGGGGUCUCUCUCAUCUAUGUUUAGUAACAGUGAACUCUGUAACAGCUUCCAAGAAGUAAAACUACACCAGGAGGGAUUUUACAGAGAUAUAAGUGAUGGGUCCUACUUUAAAAAUCAUAGUUUAUUUUCUCAGCAAGAACUUGCUCUUCAGAUCCAGCUCUACUAUGAUGACUUUGAAACUGCCAAUCCAUUGGGCU